ACAACAAGGUUAGCCUGCGACACAGCAACCACAAAACCCAGAACCACUGCAGGCUGCACUUGUGGUUUGUUGACAGGGACGCUUGGGAACAGCCCCUCUGCAGAGAAAGGACACAUCUGGGACUCCAUGAGGAGGACAGCUCUCAUCCUGGGCUCGGGGCUGCUCUUGUUGGCUGCCUUCUGGAACUCAGUCACAUGGUAUCCUCAGAGAUUUUGGGGUGCUUCUGGUGACUUUUGGCAGACCCGGUGGGAGACACUGCUGUCUACAUUUGAAGGCAACGAGUGGAUCCUGUACAUUAUAGGUGUUGUCCUCGUGCCAGGGCUGUGCUUCUGGGGCUUCAAUGGCCUUCUACUGAUGGUGGACAGAACAGGAAAACCCACCUUCAUCUCCCGCUACCGCAUCCAACUUGACAAGAAUGAGCCAGUAGACCCUGUGAAGCUGCGUCAGUCUAUCUGCACAGUUAUCUUCAACCAGAGCGUCAUCUCUUUCCCCAUGCUGGUCAUCUUCUAUCCUUUCUUAAAGUGGACGGGAGACCCCUGCUGUCGAGAGCUGCCAACCUUCCACUGGAUCCUAGUGGAGCUGGUCCUUUUCACCCUUGUACAGGAAAUCUUGUUCUACUACUCACAUCGGCUCUUUCACCACCCAAAGUUGUUCAAGAAAGUUCACAAGAAACAUCAUGAAUGGACAACACCCAUUGGUUUGAUCUCAAUAUACGCCGACCCUAUAGAACAUGUGGUUUCCAACAUGUUGCCAGUUAUGGUGGGUCCUCUAGCAAUGGGCUCUCACUUGUCCUCUAUUACCGUGUGGUUAUCCCUGGUUCUCAUCGUCAGCUCGAUCACCCACUGUGGCUACCACUUACCCUUCCUGCCUUCACCUGAGUUCCAUGACUACCACCAUCUCAAGUUCAACCAGUGCUAUGGGGUGCUGGGUGUGAUGGACCACCUGCAUGGGACUGAUGUUAUGUUUAAGCAGACCAAGGCUUAUGAGAGACAUGUCAUUCUGUUGGGCUUCACCCCACUCUCAGAAAGCAUCCCUGAUCCUCCAAAGAAGACAGGAAGUGCACUUGGACCAUCCGGCCCACUCCCUCAUCAGUAGACAGCCUGGGGCCAUGCUGCCCUUAACAAUUUGCUUCCCUUGGCCACCAUACUCUAAGGUUAUUAUAGGCUCCAGGCUUCCCCCAAAUUACUUCUCAUGUCACUUAGGAUUUAGCGAAGAACUAUUUAAGCUGGAGGCUAGCCAGACGAGACAAAUCACUGAGUCAGGGUGAAUCCCCUAGUCCUCUGCUCCACUCCCAUACAACUCCCCUGUGGCCUAGGCAGGAUACAGAGAAUGGGGUGCUGUUGGAUUGACUCCAAAAGCUUUUCUCAUACUCAAAGCCAAGGUAUUCUGGAACAGUCACAGGUCAGAUGCUAGAUGUGGUCCCUGCUUCCUAUCAAGAGAACUUGACUUACUUUUGCUCUCCACAGACACAAGUCCCUUAGAAGAAACAAUGACAAACUACAGCAGCUUUUUAUUAGGACGUGCACCCCAACUCCUGUGCAAUCUGGGGCUCAGGUCCAGGACCAUUCAUGUUAGGGAGGAUCUAAGUCAGUUACUCUCUAAAUCCAAACCAGUCUUCUACCAACAACGAGUCUCAGAAAACAUUACCAAAGGGCAGGCCAUCUCUUCCAGAUGUCUCAGGGAGAACUAUAGCAGGAGAGUUUCUCCAGAAAAAACGUUACCAGGCCCCACCCUGGCA